AUGAAGCUGCAGGCGGUGAUGGAGAAUUUGCAGCGGCAGCAGCGUGCCCGGCUGCAGCAGGAGAGGGAGGCACGGCAGCAGCAGCAGCAGCAGCUGGAGCAGCCCCAGGGGAGCCUACAGCCCCCUCCAGCGCCUACUCAGACCGCUGCCCUGCCGACCUCCGGGGCUGCCGCCCUGUCCUGCGGCCGCAGCCAAAAUCCUCUCCCUUCUGAGGAGGUGGGGGAGCCUGAGAGCCCUGGGAUCCAGAGGGCACAGAUGGCGGCAUUGGCAGCCAUGCGGGCAGCAGCUGCCGGCCUCAGUCAGUCACCCAGCCCGGUAGUGUCAGAGGACAGCCAUUCCUCGGAAGAAGAGGAAGAGGAGGAGCCAGGAGGUGGCGAGGAGGAGGAGGAAGAGGACGGCGAUUACCUACAGGAAGGAGGCUCAGAGGAAGAGGAGGAUAUGAAGGGCAAAUGGGGUGAGGAUUUCGAAGAAGAUGUGGAGGAGGAAGAUUAUGAAGAGGAUGAAGAAAUGGCGGAGGAAGGACUUGGCUCCGGAGAGCCGGCCAGGUCGGGUCCGGGGGCCCCACUCCUUCGGAAACAGCAGCCCCCUCAGCAGUACAGAGGGGAGCCUUCCAGGCUACUUGGAGUCCAAGAGCGGCUCUCUUCUGGGAUAGCCCACCAAGGCUUGUCACAGCUGCAGGCCCAGGGCCUGGACCACGGGGACUGGACGUACGAGGAGCAGUUCAAGCAGUUGUACGAACUUGACGGAGAUCCCAAAAGGAAGGAGUUCCUUGAUGACCUCUUCAGUUUUAUGCAGAAACGAGGGACACCUGUGAACCGAAUCCCCAUCAUGGCCAAACAGGUGCUCGACCUCUACAUGUUGUACGUCCUGGUAACGGAGAAAGGCGGCCUGGUGGAGGUGAUCAACAAGAAGCUAUGGAGGGAGAUCACCAAGGGUUUGAACUUGCCCACCUCCAUCACCAGCGCAGCCUUCACGCUGCGCACUCAGUAUAUGAAGUACUUGUACCCGUACGAGUGUGAGAAAAGAGGACUGAGCAACCCCAACGAACUUCAGGCCGCCAUCGACAGCAACCGGCGGGAAGGCCGCCGGCAGGGGUUCAGCGGCUCAAUCUUUACUUACUCCCCUAGCGGCACUCACAGCAUGCUCUCUUCCCCCAAACUUCAAGUACCCCCCUUGGGAAUGGCCUCGGCCACCAACGGCAGCCCCAUCAUCCCAGCUCCCAAAAUCAAGAAAGAGGAAGAUUCUGCGAUCCCCAUCGCGGUCCCCAGCCGCCUGCCCGUCUCGCUGGCGGGCCACCCCGUCGUCGCUGCUCAGGCUGCUGCAGUGCAGGCGGCAGCCGCACAGGCCGCCGUGGCCGCCCAGGCCGCCGUGCUGGAGCAGUUGCGGGAGAAGUUGGAGUCUGGCGAGCCGCCGGAGAAGAAGAUGGCGCUCAUGUCGGACGAGCAGCAGCGCCUGAUGCAGCGGGCGAUCCAGCAGAACCUGCUUGCCAUGACCGCCCAGCUUCCCAUGAGCAUCCGGAUCAACAGCCAAGGGACGCGCUCUCCAGAAAAUCGCCAAGACUCUGCCGUGAACCUGGCCAUGAAUGGAACCAACAGCAUCAGCAUGUCAGUCGAAAUCAACGGCAUUGUGUAUACAGGUGUGUUGUUUGCCCAAACUCCAGGCACAUCUUCCUCGCUCAAUAAAGAAAACGCCAACAGCGGGCGGAGUUCUGGUGGCACUAGCGGUGGCACGGGCAGCCCAGCGGGCGGCACAGCAGCCGCUCCGCAGGCUGGCUUGCUCACUGCUCCAACUUCUACCUCAACCAACUCCUCGUCGCCUUAAACUCCUCGUCCUCGUCCUCAUCCUCCUCAUCUUCCAUGCCGCCAAAAUGAAGGCCCAGAUCAAAACGCUACGUUCAUAGAAGGCCCAGUUGGGAGUGAAGUCAAGCCUUGCCCACCCUCUGACAGCCCCAGAUGUCUACGCCUGAAUGGCACACUUGAAUAGGAAAUGCCUCAAUUUGGGGCGGCGGUGGGGGAAUCAGCAAUUAGAUUUGAUACAUGGAUGGCUUUGCCAUAUAUGGCACCCGCUCGUGGACAUCUAGGGUGUCAGAGCAGGCACUCUAGGAAGGUGUGAACUUGGCUCCCCCCAACACACACACACACACGCACGCACACAGCUUGCAGGGACCGGUUGAGAAAUGGUUUUGUCCAAGCUGCUACACAGAGAGAGAAAGAUCAUAUCACAUUGCUUCAACCUCAGCUUCUCACCAAAUACUGAACCAAACUUGUUGCUUAACUUUCCGUCGAGGGGGAAAGUUAAGCAUUUUGUGGAUGGGGGGGGGUAAGGUUUCUCCCCUCUUCCCCCCUCCCCUGA